GACACAACACACAAGGCAUAUGAUAACAAGCAUCAUCUGUAGCUCAUAAAUCUUCCUCCUUUAGUGAAGAGACAUCAAAGUACUAUGAAAGCAGACCUAAGAGGGAACCCAACAUCCUUUCUUUUCCAAAACCCUAACCUUUUCGUCGCCAGCUCUCAACCCUCCUCUGAUCUCACAGGCGCACUCAGGGGAUGCAGCAGUCUUGGCAGCCUUGACGGAGCGUGCACAGAGAAGCUGUUACUUCACUGCGCAAGUGCACUGGAGGCCAAUGACGUCACCCUGGCUCAGCAGGUGAUGUGGGUGCUCAAUAACGUCGCUUCACCCACGGGUGACCCUAACCAAAGGCUCACUUCUUGGUUCUUGAGGGCCUUGGUUUCCAGGGCGUCUAGGGUUUGCCCUAAUGCUCCGGUCACCGGUUUCGGGGGCGGCAAUGGCGUUCACACUAGGCUGAUGACUGUGACUGAGCUUGCAGGGUAUGUGGAUGUGAUUCCUUGGCAUAGAUUUGGGUUUUGUGCGGCAAAUAGUGAAAUUUUAAGGGCGGUUCAAGGGCAAAAUAGGGUUCAUAUAUUGGAUUUUAGUAUUACUCAUUGUAUGCAAUGGCCUACUCUUAUAGACGCCUUGGCUAAGCGCCCUGAAGGCCCACCUUUUUUAAGAAUAUCAGUCAUGUCUGGGCGGCCGCCUGUCCCGCCCUUGCUUAAUGCUUCAUGUGAACAGCUCGGUGUUCGUCUCGCGAACUUCGCAAAGUUCAGAGACGUGCCGUUUGAGUUCAAUGUGAUCGGAUCAGAAUCAGACUAUAUCCACCAAGAAUUCCCGGAUUUUCACCACAAUUUCAUCCUUUCUUGUCUCACCCCUUCCUGUCUGAAUCUCAGGCCCGACGAGGUUUUAGCAGUGAACUGCCAGAACUGGCUGCGAUAUCUCCCCUCUCGCGACACUUUCAUCGACGCAAUCAAAGGUUUGAACCCCAGCAUCGUCACCAUAGUCGACGAGGAUUGCGAUCUGGGCGGUUCCAGCUUAGUUUCGAGAAUCACGACAUGUUUUAACUACCUAUGGAUCCCCUUUGACGCCCUGGAAACAUUCCUGCCGAAAGACAGCCCGCAGAGAAUCGAGUACGAGGCGGACAUCGGACACAAAAUCGAGAACAUCAUCGGAUUCGAAGGGGAUCAGAGGAUAGAACGGUUAGAAUCCGGGAUGAAAUUAUCGCAGAGGAUGAAAAACAACGGGUUCCUCAGCGCCCCGUUUUGCGAGGACACAAUUAGAGAAGUUAAGAGUUUGUUAGAUGAACAUGCGAGCGGUUGGGGAAUGAAGGUAGAGGACGAGAUGUUGGUUUUGACAUGGAAAGGGCACAGUGCAGUUUAUGCGACGACUUGGGUCGUCUCACCUCAAACUCAAGUCGACAUUGAAAUCAAAGAUUAGGGAUAGUAAUUAAUGGCAGGAUUAAUGUAAUAAAGUUCGAUCUUGAAUUAGGUUAAACUGGACAACAUGGGUAAUUAGUUAGGGUGUCAUUGUAUGUGGUCCAUUGAGAAGAGAAGAAGAGGACAAUAACAGAUAUGGGAUGUGUUUUCUUAAUCAAAAUUCUGCGUUUCAAAGGAGACAAGAAGAACAUAUGACUGUAGUUGGAGAAUGGGUUGGUUUCACUUUUUGGAUUUGGUUAUAGCUGUAAGGCAAGGAAAGAAAUGUAAAUAAUGCUCCUUUAGAUUCCCAUACUUUUGUAUGUAUGUAUGUUCAACCUUUUCUGGCGAUCAAUUAUUUUUCC